GCCAACAUCGGUGGCAAGGUGUCCAACCCUCCCACAGGCACCAUCAUUGACUCGAAGGUCACUCGUCCAGAGUGGUAUGACUUCUACAUCGUAAGCCAGGUUGUCCGUGAAGGAUGCAUCACCCCAACCCACUACAAUGUCGUGUAUGACACUAGCGGACUGAAGCCUGAUCAUAUGCAGCGGCUUACUUACAAGCUGUGCCACAUGUACUACAACUGGCAGGGGAUCAUCCGAGUGCCUGCUCCCUGCCAGUACGCUCACAAGUUGGCUUUCCUUGUGGGUCAGAGUAUCCACAAGGAGCCCAGUCUGCAACUGGAUGAGCUGCUCUUCUACUUGUGAGGAUGAAAAAUGAGCAAAUAGUUCAGUUCUGUUUCUGUUACUUUGUGAUAGCACAUUCAAUCUAAUGCAAUGACUCAACCCUGAUUUAUGGUUCUGUGUUGA